GUGUGCGUGAACGUACUUGUGUGCGUGAACGUGUAUUGAUUGUUAUGCCCUUCAAGCAUGAAUGAAUUAGCACCUUAUGGUUGGGUAUGUUGACUCAGAAUAUUCAAGAUUAGUCCAGCCACAAUCGAUUCCGCAGGGAUCAGGCUCCCGCCAUGAAAAUGACAAUAGCAUCUUGGAGAGGAAUGCACUGCGGACAUGCAAACUUGACAACUAAAUAGAAAAUGGAAACAUCAUUCCCUAGAAACAGUUGAAGUUGACAGACCUAGAGGUUGACAAAAGGACACGACACUAGGGAAUUUGCAUUGUCAUGUUUUGAAAUACCAUUCCAAAGACCUGCAAAUAAGAUCAGCUUUGAGUGAACUUUGACAGAAGAUGUUUCAACAGUUUUAUCUCUGGACAUGUUUAGCUUCAGGGAUCAUCCUGGGCUCUCUCUUUGAAAUCUGCUUGGGCCAGUAUGAUGAUGAUUGCAAACUAGCUAGGGGAGGACCACCAGCUACCAUAGUUGCUAUUGACGAAGAAAGUCGGAAUGGUACAAUUCUGGUGGACAACAUGCUGAUCAAAGGGACUGCUGGAGGACCAGACCCCACCAUAGAACUUUCUUUAAAGGAUAAUGUGGAUUACUGGGUGUUGAUGGAUCCUGUUAAGCAAAUGCUUUUCCUGAACAGCACCGGAAGAGUUCUGGAUAGAGAUCCACCAAUGAACAUACACUCCAUUGUGGUGCAGGUCCAGUGCAUCAACAAAAAAGUGGGCACUAUUAUCUACCAUGAAGUGCGAAUAGUGGUGAGAGACAGGAAUGACAACUCACCCACUUUCAAGCAUGAAAGCUACUAUGCCACAGUGAAUGAGCUCACUCCAGUUGGUACCACAAUAUUCACAGGAUUUUCAGGAGACAAUGGAGCUACAGAUAUAGAUGAUGGACCAAAUGGACAGAUAGAGUAUGUUAUUCAGUAUAAUCCAGAUGAUCCGACAUCCAAUGACACCUUUGAAAUUCCCCUAAUGUUGACUGGAAAUAUAGUGUUAAGGAAGAGGCUCAACUAUGAAGAUAAGACUCGCUACUUUGUCAUAAUCCAAGCUAAUGAUCGUGCCCAAAAUCUGAAUGAGAGGCGAACCACCACCACCACUCUCACAGUGGAUGUUCUGGAUGGAGAUGACUUGGGUCCAAUGUUUCUUCCUUGUGUCCUUGUGCCAAACACUCGUGAUUGCCGUCCACUCACUUAUCAAGCUGCCAUACCUGAGUUGAGAACUCCGGAAGAACUGAACCCCAUUAUUGUUACGCCACCAAUCCAAGCCAUUGAUCAGGACCGGAAUAUUCAACCGCCAUCAGAUAAGCCAGGAAUCCUCUAUUCCAUCCUUGUUGGGACUCCUGAGGAUUACCCACGAUUUUUCCAUAUGCAUCCUAGGACAGCAGAACUUAGUCUCCUGGAGCCAGUAAACAGAGACUUUCACCAGAAAUUUGAUUUGGUUAUUAAGGCUGAACAAGACAAUGGUCAUCCUCUUCCUGCCUUUGCCAGCCUACACAUUGAAAUACUGGAUGAAAACAAUCAAAGUCCAUAUUUUACAAUGCCCAGUUAUCAAGGCUAUAUCCUGGAAUCUGCCCCAGUGGGAGCAACCAUUUUGGACAGUCUCAAUUUGACCUCACCUUUAAGAAUAGUAGCUCUGGACAAGGACAUAGAAGAUACAAAAGACCCAGAGCUUCACCUUUUUCUGAAUGACUACACCUCAGUCUUCACCGUCACACAGACUGGUAUUACUCGCUACCUCACCUUACUUCAACCAGUGGACAGGGAAGAACAGCAAACGUACACCUUUUCGAUAACAGCAUUUGAUGGUGUACAAGAAAGUGAGCCAGUCAUCGUCAAUAUUCAAGUGAUGGAUGCAAAUGAUAACACGCCAACCUUCCCUGAAAUAUCCUAUGAUGUGUAUGUUUAUACAGACAUGAGACCUGGGGACAGUGUCAUACAGCUCACUGCAGUCGACGCAGACGAAGGGUCAAAUGGGGAGAUCACAUAUGAAAUCCUUGUUGGGGCUCAGGGAGACUUCAUCAUCAAUAAAACAACAGGGCUUAUCACCAUCGCUCCGGGGGUGGAAAUGAUAGUCGGGCGGACUUAUGCACUCACGGUCCAAGCAGCGGAUAAUGCUCCUCCUGCAGAGCGAAGGCACUCCAUCUGCACUGUGUAUAUUGAAGUGCUUCCACCAAAUAAUCAAAGCCCUCCUCGCUUCCCACAGCUGAUGUAUAGCCUUGAAAUUAGUGAAGCCAUGAGGGUUGGUGCUGUUUUAUUAAAUCUACAGGCAACUGAUCGAGAGGGAGACUCAAUAACAUAUGCCAUUGAGAAUGGAGAUCCUCAUAGAGUUUUUAAUCUUUCAGAAACCACGGGGAUUCUAACCUUAGGGAAAGCACUGGACAGGGAAAGCACUGAUCGCUACAUUCUGAUCAUCACAGCUUCAGAUGGCAGGCCAGAUGGGACCUCAACUGCCACAGUAAACAUAGUGGUGACAGAUGUCAAUGACAAUGCUCCAGUGUUUGAUCCUUAUCUGCCAAGAAAUUUAUCUGUGGUGGAAGAAGAAGCCAAUGCCUUUGUGGGUCAAGUGAAAGCAACAGACCCUGAUGCUGGAAUAAAUGGUCAAGUGCACUACAGUUUGGGUAACUUUAAUAAUCUUUUUCGUAUCACAUCUAAUGGGAGCAUUUACACAGCAGUGAAGCUUAACAGAGAAGUCAGGGACUACUAUGAACUUGUUGUUGUGGCAACAGAUGGAGCAGUACACCCUCGUCAUUCAACUCUAACCCUGGCCAUCAAGGUUUUGGACAUUGAUGAUAACAGUCCUGUGUUCACCAAUUCAACAUACACUGUCCUUGUUGAAGAGAAUUUGCCAGCUGGGACUACCAUCCUUCAAAUAGAGGCCAAAGAUGUCGACCUUGGAGCAAAUGUGUCUUACCGGAUAAGAAGCCCAGAAGUGAAGCACUUUUUUGCACUACAUCCAUUUACAGGAGAGCUAUCGCUUUUAAGGAGUUUAGAUUAUGAGGCAUUUCCAGACCAAGAAGCAAGUAUCACUUUUCUGGUAGAGGCCUUUGAUAUUUAUGGAACAAUGCCACCUGGUAUUGCUACUGUCACAGUGAUUGUAAAGGAUAUGAAUGAUUAUCCUCCUGUCUUUAGUAAACGAAUAUACAAAGGGAUGGUGGCUCCGGAUGCAGUCAAGGGUACACCUGUCACAACAGUGUAUGCUGAAGAUGCAGACCCUCCUGGAUUACCUGCAAGUCGUGUGAGGUAUAGAGUAGAUGAUGUACAGUUUCCUUACCCUGCCAGUAUUUUUGAUGUGGAAGAAGAUUCUGGAAGAGUAAUAACACGAGUCAAUCUUAAUGAAGAACCUACAACAAUUUUUAAGUUGGUGGUGGUUGCUUUUGAUGAUGGGGAGCCUGUGAUGUCCAGCAGUGCCACAGUGAAGAUUCUUGUCUUACAUCCUGGUGAGAUCCCACGCUUCACACAGGAGGAAUAUAGACCUCCUCCAGUAAGUGAACUUGCCACCAAAGGGACCAUGGUUGGUGCAAUUUCUGCUGCUGCCAUUAAUCAAAGUAUUGUGUACUCCAUUGUUUCAGGAAAUGAAGAAGAUACAUUUGGAAUUAAUAACAUCACAGGUGUUAUCUAUGUGAAUGGACCUCUGGAUUAUGAGACCAGGACAAGCUAUGUACUUCGAGUCCAAGCUGAUUCCCUGGAAGUGGUCCUUGCCAAUCUCCGAGUUCCUUCAAAAAGCAAUACAGCUAAAGUAUACAUUGAGAUUCAGGAUGAAAAUAAUCAUCUCCCAGUGUUUCAGAAAAAAUUCUACAUCGGAGGUGUAUCUGAAGAUGCAAGAAUGUUUACUUCUGUACUCGGAGUGAAGGCUACUGAUAAAGAUACUGGCAAUUAUAGUGUCAUGGCCUACAGACUCAUAAUACCACCAAUUAAAGAGGGAAAAGAAGGAUUUGUAGUGGAAACAUAUACAGGGCUUAUCAAAACUGCUAUGCUCUUCCAUAAUAUGAGGAGAUCCUACUUCAAGUUUCAAGUUAUUGCAACUGACGACUAUGGGAAGGGACUGAGCGGCAAAGCCGAUGUACUCGUCUCCGUGGUCAAUCAGCUGGAUAUGCAAGUCAUUGUUUCCAAUGUGCCUCCUACUCUAGUGGAAAAAAAGAUAGAAGAUCUUACAGAGAUCUUGGAUCGCUAUGUUCAGGAACAAAUUCCUGGUGCCAAGGUCGUAGUGGAGUCCAUUGGAGCUCGCCGGCAUGGAGAUGCCUUUUCCCUAGAAGAUUACACCAAAUGUGACUUGACUGUCUAUGCAAUUGACCCCCAAACCAACAGAGCCAUCGAUAGAAAUGAGCUUUUUAAAUUUUUGGAUGGCAAACUACUUGAUAUCAAUAAAGACUUUCAGCCGUAUUAUGGGGAAGGAGGACGCAUUCUGGAGAUCCGGACUCCAGAGGCAGUGACCAGCAUUAAAAAGAGAGGAGAAAGUCUAGGAUACACAGAAGGGGCCUUGUUGGCUCUGGCCUUCAUCAUCAUCCUCUGCUGCAUUCCUGCCAUCUUGGUGGUUUUGGUCAGCUACAGACAACGUCAAGCUGAGUGUACAAAGACUGCACGAAUUCAGGCCGCAUUACCCGCGGCUAAACCAGCAGCGCCGGCCCCUGCACCAGUGGCAGCGCCCCCGCCGCCGCCGCCUCCGCCAGGUGCGCAUCUCUAUGAAGAACUUGGAGACAGCUCAAUUUGGAGUUUUUGUUGGCAGCUGGUCAUAUGCAUGAGAACUUGUGCUAUUUGGCGGACUCUGACAAGGAGAGGUUAUGGAUCAGAGCAACAGCAACUGCUGAGGCCCUCUCUUCUUAAACCAGAGGAAUUAUCCAUGGAGUCUGGAAUUGAUCCUGGCCAGGAAUAUGGACAAGAUUAUUACAGUUAUGAGCAUGGGUAUGAAAUGCCUCAAUAUGGGAGUCGCCGUCGAUUGUUACCACCAGCUGGACAGGAGGAAUAUGGUGAGGUGGUUGGUGAAGCUGAGGAAGAAUAUGAGGAGGAAGAGGAAGAGCCAAAGAAAAUUAAGAAAAUUAAAAAACCAAAGGUUGAAAUUAGACAGCCUAGUGAGGAGGAAGAAGUGGUUGUAACUGUCGAAAAACCACCAGCAGCUGAGCCUACAUACACAACAUGGAAGAGAGCCAGAAUAUUCCCCAUGAUUUUUAAGAAAGUUAGAGGAUUAGCUGAUAAAAGAGGAAUCGUUGACCUUGAGGGUGAAGAGUGGCAGAGACGCCUUGAGGAAGAAGAUAAAGAUUAUUUGAAACUCACUCUGGACCAAGAGGAAGCAACAGAAAGCACUGUAGAAUCAGGGGAGGAAUCCUCCAGCGACUAUACUGAAUACAGUGAAGAAGAGUCUGAGUUCAGUGAGUCUGAGACUACAGAAGAGGAAUCUGAGUCAGAGACACCCUCUGAGGAGGAGGAGAGUUCUACCCCUGAAUCAGAAGAAUCGGAAUCCACAGAGUCAGAAGGAGAAAAAGCAAGGAAAAACAUUGUGCUUGCAAGAAGGCGGCCCAUGGUUGAGGAGGUCAAGGAAGUCAAGGGUAGGAAAGAGGAGCCACAAGAAGAACAAAAAGAACCUAAGAUGGAAGAAGAAGAACACUCAGAAGAAGAAGAAAGUGGACCAGCCCCUGUGGAAGAAAGUACAGACCCUGAAGCUCAAGAUAUCCCUGAAGAGGGCAGUGCAGGAUCAGCUUCGUUGGAAGGAGGUGUGGAAAGUGAGGAGGAAUCAGAAUCAGGUAGUAGUAGCAGUAGUAGUGAAAGUCAGUCUGGAGGUCCAUGGGGCUAUCAGGUACCAGCGUAUGACAGAAGCAAGAAUGCAAACCAAAAGAAGUCACCAGGAGCAAACUCUGAAGGUUACAACACAGCACUUUAAAAGAGAUCAUAGUAGGUGGAAGUUUUGCUGUGAUGAGUGCUCUCGUGUGCAGUGCCUUCUGUGUGUUCUCCAAAGUGACACUUGAAAGGGAGGAAAUUGAUCAUGAUUUUGAUAUGACUUAUGAUCAGAAGCA